AUGGCUCUCAUCGCUGUUCCAACGAUGCUGAUUGCUCUGAGUUUCGCUCUCGUCGCAGCGGCGGUUCUUUGGGCGCACAGAGUGCGCUCGAAGCUUCCUCUCCCUCCGGGUCCUCGACCGCUACCCUUCAUAGGAAAUCUGUUCGACAUGCCGAAGAAGCAUCUCGCUCCUGCCUUGCGAGAACUGGGAGAAAAAUAUGGCGAGCUGACAUAUCUCAACAUCCUCGGCCAGCCCAUGAUCAUACUCAAUUCGUAUGAGGCCGCUGUAGGGCUUCUAGAAAGUCGCUCUGCGAACACGUCGGACAGGCCCGGAGUCGUCAUGGCUGAGCUGACCGGGUAUAUGUGGGUAUUCGCGGUUCUGGGAUACACCCAAGCAUGGCGAACGCGCCGCAGGCUCUUCCACACAUUCUUCCAGCGAAGCGUCAUUCCGGAAUAUCGCCCAGUGCACUCGGGCCAAUGCCGCCGCUUCCUGCACAGGCUACUUACUACCCCAGAAGACUUCAUGUCUCUCUCCCGCCAGUUGUUCGGUGAGACGAUUAUGUCCGUGGUAUAUGGAAUCGCGAUCGCCGAGCACAACGACCCGUACGUCUCCCUUGCCGAGAAGGCGACGCACGUCUUCGGCAAGAUCACCAUCCCGGGCCAAUACCCAGUGGAAUCCUUGCCGUUCCUCAGGCAUAUCCCCUCUUGGUUUCCUGGCGCUGGGUUCAAGCGGGAUGCGCUACGGUGGUCGGAGGUCGUAUCGGCCGCGCGGAACGUGCCUUACGAUGCCGCAAUGGACGCUUUCGCGCGAGGAACUGCCGGCCCUUCUGUGGUCACGACCAUGGUGGAGAAUGCGGUGCGCGAGCACGGGGAUGUGUCCCCGCAGGAUGACGGGUGCUUCAGGGACAUUGCCGGACUCGCAUACCUCACGCAUCUUCCAGCCGGGGCGGAUACAUCCGUCUUUUCCACGCAAGCGAUGUUUCUGGCGAUGGUCAUGUAUCCCGACGCGCAGAAGAAAGCCCAGCAGGAGCUAGACGCGGUCCGGCAGGGUGUACAAAAAACUCCGCCCUUAUACCGCAUCACUUCGAAAGAUCCUGAUAGCGCAUGGUCGUUCGGGCGCCUGACCUGGUCUCUCGGUUCUCCUCCUGGCUCUCUUGGCCUCCAGUGGCCUACUUGA